AUGACUCAUUUCGUUGGAGUUGACUUUAAUUCAUUAUAUCCUUCAUCAUUUUCAUCUAAUCCUCAUGAUUUCAUUCAAUAUACUGACCAUAAAAUGUAUAUGCCGGGAAGAUUGAAUGGUGUUAUCAUUUGUGAUACAGCAACAAAGAAAGCAAAAGCACUGGGAAUAAUUAAGAAGAAAAAUACUUUAUUCGUGGCUGAAGUAAAGGGUCACAUUGAUGAAAAAUACAUUAAUGAUUACAUAAACUUUUUACCGAUAAUAAGAAACUUAGAUAUUAUCACAGAUGAAAAAACAAUUGGCAGUUUUAUGUAUAAUUACAUGAAAUCAAACAAUCUACCAGUUGACCAGAAACAGAGAAAAUUAACUCAGUUAGCAUCAACACACAACCAAUAUCAACCAUUUUCUUCUUAUUAUCUUUGGUAUCUAAUAGACAGAUUUCAUUUUAUCAUCGAUGACAUUCAAUCAAUUUUAACAUUUACUAAAAACACUUGUUUUAAUGAAUUUGCGAACAAAUUUAUGAACGAAAGACAAAAGGCUGAAUUAGAAGGAAAUAAAGGAAAAAGUUUAUUUUGCAAGAUUUCACUUAAUGGAUCAUAUGGUUACGAUGCAAUGAAUACACAAAAUUACGCAAAGACUAAAAUAAUGAAUGCACAGAAGGCACGCGUUGCAUGUAUGUCAAAUAAGUUUAAAAACAUAAGAGAAAUAGGUGAAGAUACAUAUCAAGUGAUGCUCAAAGAUAGAUUUUAUAGAUGUGAUACAUGUUUACAAGAGGCAUUCUUCACUUUAGAUAA